GCUGUCCUCCCCAGCCCCUCAUGCACACAGUGCAGCACGGCGGCGGGCGGGAUGUGAGGCGCGGGCUCCCGGUGGCGGCUGAUGAUUAAUUGCGGCGCUGUGGGGCCUGUACUGCGCAUGCUGCAGGUACACAGCUCCUCCAUCUUAUGCUCCGUACACACAGCAGGCACGGCUCUGCCUCCAUACAGCAGCACGGUCAUUUCCGCCUGACAGCGGGAAGCACAGCCCUAUAGAGCAGACACUAUCAUCUGGUGACGAGCCCUCCAUCACCAUGCACAUCUAGGGGGACCCUAACGUUCUGCACCGUAGAAAAUGGAUUCGGCAGCUGCUAGCGUAUGAGGAGAUCCAGUGUGUGACCGCGGGGUGAAGUUAAUGUAUCGAGAUGAAGUUCAUACUGGGGAUUUUGGCUUUUCUCAUAUUUUCCUUAUGGCUGGAUGAAGUGCAUUCUAAAGAGAAGUCUUCAAAGAAAGGAAAGGGGAAAAAGAAGCAGUAUCUCUGCCCAUCUCAGCAAUCUGCAGAAGAUCUUGCAAGAGUUCCUGUAAACUCCACUAGCAACAUAUUAAACAGACUGCUGGUUAGCUAUGAUCCAAGAAUAAGACCAAACUUUAAAGGUAUUCCAGUCGAUGUUGUAGUCAACAUAUUUAUUAACAGCUUUGGGUCAAUCCAAGAAACAACUAUGGACUACAGGGUCAAUAUCUUUCUAAGGCAGAGGUGGAAUGACCCUCGACUAAAACUUCCCAGUGAUUUCAGAGGCUCCGAUGCGCUCACAGUAGAUCCGACAAUGUUUAAGUGUCUGUGGAAGCCAGAUUUAUUUUUUGCAAAUGAAAAAAAUGCCAACUUUCAUGAUGUCACUCAAGAAAACAUCCUCUUGUUUAUUUUUCGUGAUGGAGAUGUCUUACUUAGCAUGAGGUUGUCAAUUACAUUGUCCUGUCCCUUGGAUUUAACGUUAUUCCCAAUGGAUACUCAACGUUGCAAGAUGCAGCUGGAAAGUUUUGGAUACACAACGGAUGAUUUGCGGUUUAUCUGGCAGUCAGGAGACCCUGUUCAAAUGGAAAAGAUUGCUUUGCCACAGUUUGAUAUUAAAACAGAAGAUAUUGAAUAUGGUAAUUGUACAAAGUUUUACAAAGGCACCGGCUAUUACACCUGCGUAGAGGUCAUCUUUACCUUGAGGAGACAGGUUGGAUUCUAUAUGAUGGGUGUCUAUGCACCUACCCUGCUUAUAGUUGUCCUUUCUUGGCUUUCUUUCUGGAUCAACCCUGAUGCUAGUGCUGCACGUGUACCUCUAGGUAUAUUUUCAGUUCUGAGCUUGGCGUCAGAGUGUACCACCCUGGCACAGGAACUGCCGAAGGUGUCCUAUGUAAAGGCCAUUGAUGUGUGGCUUAUUACUUGUCUUCUUUUUGGCUUUGCCUCUCUUGUUGAAUACGCUGUAGUCCAGGUCUUCCUGAACAGCCCAAAAAGGAUCGAAGCUGAAAAAGCCAAAAUUGCCAAGGCAGACCAAGCAGAAGGAAAGGGGCCCAAUGCUGCAAAAAAGAAUACAGUGAAUGGAACUGGUACACCAGUUCACAUCAGCACACUGCAAGUUGCAGAAACAAGAUGCAAAAAAGUAUGCACGUCUAAAUCCGAUCUGAGAUCCAAUGACUUCAGCAUUGUUGGAAGCUUGCCCAGAGAUUUUGAAUUGUCCAAUUAUGAUUGUUAUGGAAAACCAAUUGAAGUCAACAACGGUCUGGGAAAAUCUCAAGCAAAGGCCAACAAAAAGCCGCCUCCUGCCAAACCAGUCAUUCCAUCUGAAGCCAAACGGAUUGACCUCUACUCAAGGGCGCUGUUUCCUUUCUGCUUCUUGUUCUUUAAUGUCAUAUAUUGGCUAGUAUAUUUAUGAUGACUCUGAUUCUCACUUUGAGUUCACAAAACAAGUCCCAUUACUCGCACACACUCUUUAAAGCCAACCUGUGAUCUUGUCUACAUUUGCCAAGCAAUAUCUUACAUUGUAGAUGCCAUGCAGUUGUCAUGAAAAUUGGCUUUUUUAAAUGGAAGCAUGACAUCGCAAUGUCUGAGCUUAAAAUGAUGUAUAUAAGUGUAAGGUUUCUGCUAUAAACACAGUUAUGAGUAAUGCAUACAUAAACCCCAACCUCUACUGUUUUAACAUGAAAAGUUAUGAGAUGCUUUAAAAAGAGAUUUUUGCACGUUAAGCCUCAUUCAGACCAUAGAUCAAUAUAUGUAGUAUUUAAGGUCAAUCCAUAUUAUUUUUAAAGAAAAUUAUAUGCGUUUGGACUGCACUGUGUCCAGACUAAAUGUACAGUUCUUCAUAUCAUAUAUAUAAAUAAUAUAAUUAAUUCAUAAUUAAAUGAUUAUAAGGCUCCUGUCAAGGUGUAAGAUAAUUGAUCAAAGACUAUUUUUUUGUAAAAUAAUCUAUUUAAGAAACUGCGCUGUAUCCUUUGCGUGAACUAAAAGUUAAUGUGUAAAAAAAAAAGUCUAUUAAAAACUGUAAAUCGAA